AUGGGUAUCGUUUAUAACAGACAUCCAAAGAAUAGGCAUAUCAGUCAGUCGACAUGUCCUGAUCAAGAAAUUCCGGCAAAUAAGAAUCCGAUUUUGCUGUUUCGUCGUCUGCUACGUACCAUGGAAGAAGAAAUCUUAAACAUUCAAACACCGGUCAUUUUCGACGAAUCCAUUGCGCAUUACGAAAUUCACGCUCACAAACCUUACGCCUCGUCAACAUUCAACAACAGCGAUGAAAUUCGAAUCACCGUUCAGCAUCAGGAUUUAUGCAUAUUACCCGGCAAAAGUUCGGUCCAUAUCCACGGACGACUCUUAAAAGCUGACGGAACAGCGACUGUGAACACGCAGUUCGUAAACAACGCCAUCUGUCAUUUAUUUGAAGAAAUUCGCUACGAAAUUAAUGCGGUUGAGAUCGACAGAAGCAAGAAUGUUGGCUUGACAAGUCUAAUGAAGGGUUACGCUUCUCUGAACCCUGGUCAGAGUUGGCUAAUGGAGAACGCAGGAUGGCUUGACGUGGAAGAGAAGAAAAAAUUAACCGAUGCCGAGGGUAAUUUUGACGUAUUGAUACCGCUCAGCACGAUACUGGGUUUCGCUGAAGACUACCGCAAGAUCGUUGUCAAUGCCAAACACGAGUUGAUUUUAACGAGAUCCAAAACUGAUGUGAACGCGAUUGUGCAGAGUCAAGAGGAGGAAUACAAAAUCGUGAUCAAUACAGCGGAAUGGCUCGUACCGUAUUUGAAACUUGCGGAUCAGAAAAAAGUUGACCUGCUGAAUUUCGUUGAGAAAGACCCGCCUAUUUCGAUGAGCUUCCGCAGUUGGGAAUUGUACGAAUAUCUUUUACUUCCCACUACAUCGAAACACGUUUGGACUGUGAAAACUUCCACUCAGCUUGAAAAACCUCGAUAUGUAAUUUUGGCCUUCCAAACAAGUCGAAAGAACAAGAUCGGCAAAAACGCAAGUCAUUUCGAUCAUUGCAAUGUCACGGACGUCAAGCUGUUUUUAAACUCACAAUCUUAUCCGUACGGUAACCUGAACCUAAACAUGAGUCGUAAUCUGUACGCACUCUUGUACGAGAUGUACGCAAACUUCCAAGCUACCUACCACGACAAGAACCCCGAGCCGUUGCUGACAAGGAGUGAAUUUCUUCAGAAGGCUCCCUUAUUCGUUAUUGACUGUUCAAAACAAAACGAAUCCUUGAAGUACGGACCCGUUGACAUCCGCCUUGAAUUUGAAGCUAAAGCCAACUUUCCCGCUGAAACAUCUGCGUACUGCUUGAGUGUUCACGAUCGAAUCGUUGAAUACAACCCACUCAGUGGUGGGGUGAAAAAGUUGGUAUAA